AUUGCACCCUAUUGAAACCAUUUUCGCUGUUAGUAGAAUUUGUGCAGAGUCACGCUUUUUCAUGAGGUGAUACUGAGUAUCAUCAGGACACUUUGGAAAAUUUGAAGACGUUAGUUAAGUGCACUAAGAAGCUAUGUGCUGUUAUGCUAGAUAAAGUAAGCCCUGAAUUUCAAGUUGUUAAUAAAAGUGAAAAAACGAUUGCACUGGAGGCUGAAUCUUUGGUUCUUUUGACUCCGGAUCAAGAAAAAGAAGCAACUUCGGAACUCUUUCCAAUCAAUUAUGAUGGAUUAGCAAAGGCAGAAAAGAAAGGAGACACCAAUUUUCUCGGGCAAUGCUUGUCAACAGGAAGUGAAACAACAUCAGUUUGGUUUGAGGUAUCUGAGAGGUGA